GGCGUCGGGCUGGCGAUUGACAGUACCGAGAACGUGCCUGUCUCCCUUAGAACGCUAAAAAUCUCUCUGGAGAAACGAGUGGACACGAAGGCCAGAAGCAGGUGAAAGAGUACCACCACCUGAAGAAUCUCGAAAACCAUGUGUAAGGAGUUCAAUGGUAAACUUAGCCACUUCAUACUGCACCUCAAUGUUAGUGGGAAUACUCUCAGGUCACUGUCUGACUGCAGCGUACGCAGUUAAACUAGGCAUCACCAACAGUGGCAACUGCAGGAAAUGCGACGAAGCCGGGGCUAUCGAAACACUGGAACACUUCAUAUGCAGCCGCCCGGCGCUAUCAUCGGCAAGGAGAAAAUUCCUGGGUACCGCGGGGAUGGCAUCACUGGAAGAGGCCUUUUAGAGGACACCAAGGGAACUUCUUGCCUUCGCGAAAAAUACCUCGAUCCUCAAGGACUUCGAAACCUCACAACAGAAGGUUCAUGCACCACAAAGCCAACGUCUGCAAAUACCCUUGCCUUUUAAGAUCGACCCAGUAUUGUUGGGGUCGUCCUUCGAGGUCGCGAAACGUCGUUGCUUAUCGUUAGAAUGACGAACGUUAAGAGAGAGUGAGCUGAGAGACAUGUAUCUCAGUUUCAUGAAAGAAUUCCGCCAGGACCACAUUAUUUUAUGCCACGCCAGUGCGUCCUGAGGCCUGAUGUAGUUCCACCAAGCUUUGAGUCGUUUUUGACGCGUCGAGCAAGACCACAACUGGGCGGUCAUUAAAUGAUUUACUUAUGGUGGGACCUACUAUUCAGAGGGAACUAUUUUUAUCACUCGUUCGAUUUCGGGUGAAAGCAUAACGCUUUAACGGCAGACGUUUCGAAAAUGUAUAGGCAAGUGGAUGUGGCCGAAAAAUACCGGAAUUUCCAGCUCAUCGUGUGGCGAGAACAUCCCACCGAUCAGUUGCAAGAAUUUCGGUUAAAUACAGUUACCUAUGGUACGUCCGCAGCACCUUUCCUUGCCAUUCGUUGCUUGCACGAGCUCGGUGUUCGCCACAGACACACCCCCAAGAUGGGUUCUGAGGUGAUCUGCAGUGAUUUUUAUGUAGAUGAUAUGCUGACAGGAGCCGAUGACAUAGACACGCUGAAGUCGAUUUGCGAUCAGGUGUCUGAGAUUCUUGGCUCCGGAGGGUUUCAGCUUUCGAAAUGGUUUUCGAACCAUCCAGAACUAAUGGAUGGAAACAAUGAGGAGAAAUCCCUAUCAUUCAAUGAUGCCGAUUCGACCAAAACAUUGGGGAUGAUGUGGAGUCUAAGAGCGGUUUCAUCGUAAGACGUGGCGUUCCGCUGAGGAUGUAUUUCGACAACGGGACAAAUUUCGUCGGAGCCCGGAACGAGCUGCGGAGGCUUCAGGAAGCGUUCGAGGAGCAGUCCAGCAGCAGUCCAGCCUGAGGACGUUCACGGCGGAGCAAGGGAUGCAGUGGAGGUUCAUCUCCACGCGAGCACCGCACUUCGGCGGUUUAUGGGAGGCGACCGUCAAGUCAGCGAAGCUCCUGAUCGUGCAGCACAAUGCGGACGCCGCGCUCACGGCGAGCGAGGUGAGGACUGUGUUGGCCGAGGCC